UUUUAAUUUUGUAAUAGAAUGCAGGUUAAGAGGAGAAGGAAAGCUACUAAUUUUAUUUUCACUCGAUUGGAAUAAAUUUCGGUGUCAAUCAGCGCUUUUACCUCUGCAACGUUUUGAGAUGUCAAAUCACUUACCCACAAUUUUACCCAUAAUUUUUGUAAUCAAUAUUAAUAUUUUUUACACAAAAAUUUACUUUUCCGUUAGUAAGCAAGAAAUUUGAAGAUUCAAGUCACAAAUAAACAAAAAUAAAACUAAAUUCCAAUUGUCACACACUCAAAACACGUCUGUAAAAAAUUAUAAAAAAUUAAGAUGCGUCUAAUAAUACGGCUGGGGCUAUAUGCUUCUCACAUGAAUACAAUCACAUUAAUACUUCUCGCGCUAAUACAUAUUAAUAAAUUACAUUCAUAAAUAUAUUAUAUCACGAGAGAUAGUAUUUAUGCUUACAGAAAAGGGGGUUCAAUUCUUAUGCGACACGAGCAAAGUAAUUAGAAUAAUACUAGAUUAUCGAUCGGUUAUAGUAUUAUUCUAGUUAUUUUUCUCGUGUCAUAUACGAUAUAAUCUCGUACGCUUUUGAGAAUCAGACCCUGAGUUCUGAGGCCCAAUUCUCGAAUAGUGGGGGGCCCCUGGUUCCCCAAAGUAUGAAAAUAUCGUAUACGAUAUCUAGGAUUCACGUUGCGAUGAUUUAUAUACGGCGCUCCAAAGUGCUUGCAACGUAAAAUGAAUCCUAGCUUAUCGUAUACGAUAUUUUUCACAUAUUUUCGAGAAUCAAGGCCCAGUAGUCCUGUAAUUGUCGACAUAUAGUACUAGACGAAACACGUGGCAAGAUUUCUUGGAUUUUUCGCGUGAGAGAUCUAGAAAGAGAGAGCUAGAUGUGUAGGCACGGAUCUCUCUUCCUACUCUCUGUUCAUUGGUUGAAUUUUGCCUAAGGAGAUGAGGAACAGUAUCGUAUUCUUAAAAGUUCGGGACAUCCUUGACAUGUGCUGUGUACAUGUGUGUAUGUGUUGAGUGAUAUGAUAUGCGCUAUGAAUAAUCAAUAAUAUGGUUUCGUUAUUGUGCAAAACGAAUGGGUUAAACAAAGAUGUACCAACUCAUGCGUCUGAAUUCUCCCUUAAGUCUGAUCUACAAUGUGCUCUUUGCGUCUCGUUUCUUACCCUCUCUUUUCCAAAGAUAAAUGUCGGUGCACAAUAGAUAUUUUAAGCUUUAAGAAAUUGACCAAUCACAGUCGAAUGUGAAGAGAAUAAUUAACUGUUAGAAUAAUUAACUGGUCAAUUCCUUGAGGCUUAAAAUACCUAUUGUAGACCGACACUAAAAGUUCUUACGGAAGAAAGAUAAGGAGCAAGAAACAAGACGCAAGGAGCACAUUGUAGAGCAAGCUUUAGUCUCGCGUCGGCACUCCGUCGAUCAGACUUCACCGGCCGAGGUCACGUUUAUCGGUUCUCAGGAGGAACCGCCGGACGCGCUGCCCUCUCCGCCGUCGCGCAGGAAAGCGCAGCCGAGCGCCGCCACUUCGCGCUCCUGGGCGACUUUCUCCGUGACUAGGCGCGCUCGCGUCACGUACGUAUGACGGUUAGUGACAGUGGUUCGCGAUCCAUCGGAGGUGAUACUUUGCGUCGUCUAUCUCUCUCUGUCGUAGCGUUCUCGACCAGCAUAUUCGUCGGGCGGAUGAGAGCGGUACGUAGGCGCGAGUAACGAGACGAUAUCGUCGCUCCCUCUCCCGCGAGUGCACCGCAUUCGGCGAUAUCGCCGUGCGCUCCCUCGUCGAGACGCCGAGGGCUCCGACUCUCGCUCGUUCACGUUCGGCGGAAUCUUUGGGCGUGUGUCGCGCGCGAUUCGUAUGGAAGAAAGGCGGUCGGCUCGGACUCACGCGCGCAUGCGAGGACGGAUAGAUACGCACGGGAAGGGCUCUCGACGGAUCUGUGACUCGGUGCCUGCAAUGGCGCCUCCGCCUGGCUCGCCUACUUUCUAAGCUGCGUUUCGGUGAGAGGUGCCGACCUGAUCCCCGUCUCCCUCUCUCUUUCUCUCGCGUUCCUACGCGUGAACGCACGCUCGUAAGGACGCAGAUACGCGCGCGUACACGUUCCCUCGCUCGUGUCCACGCACAGGAGAGGACUAUGUGAUUGAUGACGUACGGCCGACUCCGCUGGACUCCGCGGCGAUACUUCGAGUGCAACAGCUGCGGUACGAGCUUUCGCCGAGCACGGGAUCGUUUCGGUGGCGAGCGUGAGAUCGCCCGGCCCUUCGAUGCAUCGCGGCUGUCGCCGCUCCGACGAUCUGCUGCGGCCGGCCAGGAUAUCCGGAGAGUCCGCUCGGUGGUCGCGCUGCUGUUGGCCUUCCCUCGCGGAUGUGAUCCUUUCCUCUCGCCCGCUCGCUUCCCCCCGCGUUAUCCAGUCGACGCCUGCUUCGCGAUCGCUCGCCGAUCCGCUGCCGUCGGCGCGACACAGCUGACAGAUCUCUCUCUCUCCCUCUAUCGCGCGCUCUAUCUAUCUGUCUAUCUCCGUCGCUCCCAGGCGCGACGGGCGCGACCGAGCGAGUGCCGCACGUGCGGGGAAUCGGACCCCGGUGAGAUACCCGCUCUCGAUCGACCUGGUGCUCGGUGAGCGCGCGUGCGAUUCGAUCGUUCGACUUGCGUCUGUCCCGGACGAGGAGGGCCGCGCGACGGCCUCGCCGUUGCUCAUCCCGCUGGUGGGAUCCUCCGUAUUCAACGUCCGGUUGUGAAUUAGAUGCGACCGAGGGGACUGUCGGAAGAGCGAAGAGGUCUCCUGAGCGUGCUGCGACCGGUCACUGGGACGCGCUUCAUCUGAGGAAGGAAGCCCCGAGACACCUGACAACAUGGGCAACUGCUUCAGCAACCCCACGGACGUGGAGAAGGAGAAGCCGGACCGGAUAGGCAAUCCCAACAUCGAGACGGUUCAGUCGCAGGCCAGCCCGGUGCCGACCCCGCCGCCCGACCCCAUCAGACCGAUGCCGCAGAUCCCGGAUACGGAUGUUGCGACCGCAAAGAUAUUCGUCGCCCUCUAUGAGUACGACGCUCGCACCGAUGAAGACCUCAGCUUCCGGAAGGGCGAGCAUCUGGAGAUACUCAACGACACCCAGGGCGACUGGUGGCUGGCGCGGAGUAAAAGGACCCGCCAGGAGGGCUACAUCCCCAGCAACUACGUGGCCAAGUUGAAGUCGAUCGAGGCGGAACCAUGGUACUUCCGGAAGAUCAAGCGAAUCGAGGCGGAGAAGAAGCUGCUGCUGCCGGAGAACGACCACGGCGCCUUCCUGAUAAGAGACUCCGAGAGCCGGCACAACGAUUACUCUCUCUCAGUGCGCGACGGCGACACGGUCAAGCACUACCGCAUUCGCCAGUUGGACGAGGGCGGCUUCUUCAUCGCCAGGCGAACCACCUUCAGGAACCUGCAGGACCUCGUCGAGCACUACAGCAAGGACGCGGACGGCCUCUGUGUGAAUCUCUGCAAGCCCUGUGUGCAGGUUGAGAAACCCGUAACCGAGGGCCUCAGUCAUCGUACGCGAGAUCAAUGGGAGAUCGACCGUUCGUCGCUCAAGUUCCUCAGGAAGUUGGGCCAGGGCCAGUUCGGUGAGGUGUGGGAGGGGCUGUGGAACAACACCACGCCGGUGGCGAUCAAGACGCUCAAGCCGGGCACCAUGGACCCGAAGGAUUUCUUGGCCGAGGCGCAGAUCAUGAAGAAACUCCGGCACAACAAGCUCAUCCAGCUGUACGCCGUGUGCACGAUGGAGGAGCCGAUCUACAUCAUCACGGAACUUAUGAGAAACGGCAGUCUACUGGAAUACCUGCAAGGCAAAGGUAGAGGCGUGAAGUUGCAGCAACUGAUCGACAUGUCCGCGCAAAUAGCGGCUGGUAUGGCUUACCUGGAGUCGCAGAACUACAUUCACCGAGACCUGGCAGCCCGUAACGUCCUCGUGGCGGACGGCAACGUAGUUAAGAUCGCCGACUUCGGCCUGGCCAGGCUCAUCAAAGAGGACGAGUACGAAGCGAGAAUAGGCGCUCGCUUCCCCAUCAAGUGGACCGCGCCCGAGGCGGCGAAUUACAGCAAAUUCAGUAUUAAGUCCGACGUGUGGUCGUUCGGUAUCCUCCUCACCGAACUGGUCACGUACGGUAGAAUACCUUAUCCAGGUAUGACGAAUGCUGAGGUUCUUCACCAGGUGGAGCACGGCUACAGGAUGCCGUGUCCGCCCGGUUGUCCGAGCACGCUCUACGACAUCAUGCUGGAAUGCUGGAACAAGGACCCCAUGAAGAGACCAACCUUCGAGACGCUCCAGUGGAAGCUCGAAGACUUCUUCACCAUGGAAGGUUCCGAGUACAAAGAAGCGUCCGCGUACUGAACAAAGGAUUUUCGAAAUCUUCCACGUUUACAUGGUACUCCAUUGGGAGAUGUGCGAUAAUAAUCGGCACCGUCGUUAUCGCGGUGGCGAUGGCGGCACGGUUGUUGCUACGGUCUUCUUCGUUAACCAUUCGUGACGCAGAUCGUGCUCGCGGUACUUCCGAGAAUACUGUGACCUUUACACUCGUACGACAAUGAUCAUUUUACAAACGAUCGAUAGAUGAUAGCGCGAUUUUAUUUAACGUCAACUUUUUAUUCCUCCUUCCCCCUCUUCCUUUCCCCUCUUUCAUUCCUUGUUCCUUUCUCUCUCUCUCUCUCCCUCUCUCACUCACUCACUCACUCACUCACUCACUCACUCACUCACUCACAUUUUUCGCUUGUCUUCCUCGUUUAUCCCACGCCUUUAUUUUUCUUACUUUUGCUCUUUUCUCUCUUUUUUCUUGUUUUUUUUUACAUUUUCGUCUUCGUACAUUCUGUCUGCCAUAGAGCUCGAAGGACGCGAUAUUUGUACAUUUUUACUUAUCACUUGACGAACGUACGUCGUCGACACUUUUUUGAUAAUUCUCAGCGACGUGGUUUUAGAUAUCGUUUUAGACCGCAGUAAGGACGUUACUACGUAGACGUUAAUGGCCUUUGUAAAAUCGUUUAUGUAAGUGUCAGCGUGAGAUAGAAGCUCAAUCGCGCUCGGACGAUGCGCGAUUAGGGUGGCAGUAGUAGCGAUGUAAUAUAUUCGUGUACAAUAUAAAUUGUCCCUCCCGUGUUACAAUUACACACACUAUAUAUAUAUAUAUAUAUAUAUANAUAUAUAUAUAUUAUACAUAUAUACAUGAUAUCGUAUUAUUUACAUACACGUGUGACUAUGAGAGAGCGACGAGACGACGGGCGCCAAUUUUCUCUCGGCCAUACCCGGCCGGCGAUGCAGUAGAAACGACGGACCAUGAAUGCACAAUUUAUCAUUCCUUCUCUCUUCUCGCUCGGACGCGAUGACUCGAACAUUCACGACGAACUCCCGCGAGGCAGAUACGCGACAGUCCUCCGAAACGAUCGUCUCGCGUACACAUCAUCUCGUCGCGUGUGCGUGUGUGUAUGUGUGUACGUAUUGCGGAUCGUGAAUUCGCACAAUAAUCGUUUCACCCGCGACAAUGCGACAACGAUGUGCCGUGACGAUCGUCGAAACGACGCUACCUUUUCGCCUAUCUCGUUUGGUUUGUCACAAAGCGACUAAUAUAUUGUAAACUGCCAGCUGCGUUUUCUAAGGUAUUUAUCGCAAGUAAGAUCACGAUGAGACUUUCGGGCGCGCGCCCGAGGAUAAGCUUAUCGUGUUGGAGGAAUCGUCGAAUUUUACGUAUUUCGAGAAGGGAAUGUAAUGUCGCACGAAUCGCGUCAUCUUCGUUGUUCAUUCGGCCACGCGUUAUCGGAUUAUCGUCAUUUUUAUAUAUUUUUAUAUCGUACCCUCAAAACGAUGUUUACUACUCAUUUAUCGCGACUUUUCACGUUGGCGAGUCACUGAAUUAAGAAUAGUAUAUAUACUAUCCGUAUACAUAUAAAGAAAGCGAGUAAUACUUAU